AAUUCCCCGACGAGGUGGACACACCUGACGACAUCCCGGCCCGCCAGCGCUUUGCCAAGUACCGCGGACUCAAGUCCUUCCGCUCCUCGCUGUGGGACCCCAAGGUCGUGGAUGAGCGGGUGGCAGCAGUGGAUCGAGGCAAGGUGCCUGGGUCGGUUGGGGCGGGGACGUUUGUCAGGUUGCACAUUAUGAACGUGCCAUGCUUCGAAGCAGAGCGUCUGCCGCAUGAGUCGACCAAUUGUGGGCUGCCACUUGUUGUGACGGGCCUGCUGCAGUACAAGACGCGCAUGACAGUGCUGCACUUCUCAAUCAAGAAGGCCGACUCCUUCGCCCCCCCCCCCCAUCAAGUCCAAGCAGCGCCUCCUCUUCCAUUGCGGCUUCCGACGGUUUUACACGCGUGUUUGCUGGUGGUGAAUGUCGGUGGUGGUGGUGGUGGUGGUGGUGGUGGUGGUGUAACUGUUGUUUGCUGGUGCCCCACCUUUUCAACGGACGACAUCAACCUCGACAAUCACAAGUUCGAUGGUUUCCUUUCCUCCACCCUUAUCAAUCCACCACUCCCCACCUUCUCAACGGACGACAUCAACCUCGACAAGCACAAGUUCGAGCGCUUCCUGCUCCCGGGAAGGUUUGCGGUAGCUUCCAUCUUCGCACCCACGCUCUUCCCGCCGCACCCCCUCCUCGUCUUCGCCGAUCCGUCCUCUGCCAAUCAGCACACAGGAGAGGGCGUGGGGGGAGGGAGCGCGGGGGGAGGGAGUAUAGAUGUGCACCCAUGCUUUCACUCCCUUCCUCCUCCCCUUCUCCCUCCUCCCCGUCCCCCUCCUCCCCGUCCCCUCAACCCCAUGUGCAGCUACCCCACGUCAGUGAUGAAGCGCAAGGCAGUGGUGCGCUACAUGUUCCACCAGCCAGAGGAUGGCAGAUGGUUCCAGAACACCUUCUAUCACCCCCCCGCCUCCCUUUCUUCUAUGGAACCUUUUCACCAAACUGGUGGGGCUGUUUACCAGGUGGCAAGGGGGACCUCAUUCACUCUAAACGCACGAUGCACAGAACUUCCCUCUCACGGCUCCCCACUCAGCUCUCUCCUCUCUUUACUUACCCCUCGUUCCCUCGUGCCAGCUGGUGGAGCUCUUCACCAACCAGUGGUGCUCUUUACCAAGUACGGUCGUAGGGGGCGCAUUCGCGAGCCUGUGGGCACCAAAGGUGGGUGUGUGGAUGUGUGGGUGCUGCACGUGGGUUGUGUGUGUGUGUGGGUGGGUGCUGCACAUGGGUGUGUGUGUGUGUGGGUGCUGCACGUGGGUGUGUGGGUGCCCUUCAUCAAUGCUCCUCAUCAAUACCUCUCAUCACUGCCUGCUAGGAGCAAUCAAUUGUAUGUUCGAGAGGGUGGUGCUAUUGUGUGCUCACCAGUGCUCACUCCCUCCGGUAUACCCUUCCCGUAUCCCCCUCUUGCUUCCACCCCUCUUGCUUUCACCCCAAUGCCCCUCAUCGAUACUUCUCAUCACCGCCCGCUAGGAGCAAUCAAGUGUGUGUUUGAUGGGGUGGUGUAG